CGGUGUCACCUCUUGUCUGCAUUGUGCCCUCCUCUCCUAGCGAUGUUGCCUUGGUGACUGUGGCGGUUUCGAACUCAAGGAGAGGAGUGCAGGGCUGGUGCCGCCGCUACGCUCGCCCGAGGCUCCGGCGCAGGCCUCGGCCUGGCCUGCAGGCAACGCUGGGAUGGCGAUGAAGAUCCGCAGCGGCGGCAGGAGCAGCCGGGGCCUGGCUGAGGAGCGGCAGCGCUGUCCGCCCGCCAAAACCAGGGUCUCGCAGAAGGGCACUAGCCCGCGCCGGGACAGGCGGAAGGACUGCGCUGCCCCCGAGGCCAAGGCUGGCGGCUUGGGAUUCUCCGGCAAAUGGGUGUCCGGCAUUGGGGAGCAGCUCGGCCUCCAUGAUGGAGCGAUCAGCAGCCUAGGGACCACCAUCCUACUCGCUACCAUUGUGGGAAUUUUGCAUUGGUACCACAUAGCCAGCCUCUUUGAAAAUAAUCAACAUUUCUCUCAUCUUUCAACAUUGGAACGUGAAAUGGCCUUUCGUACUGAAAUGGGAUUGUAUUAUUCGUUCUUUAAGACCAUUAUAGAGGCACCUUCAUAUUUUGAAGGUUUAACUUCCAUAAUGAACGAUUGUUUGACUGAAUAUCCUUUGGUUAUCAACACCUUGAAGCGGUUCAAUCUUUAUCCAGAGGUGGUGCUGGCUAGCUGGUAUCGCACUUACAUUGCCUGUGCAGAUUUUCUUGGCAUUCCAACCAAAAUAUGUUGGCGUGUAGACAGAGGUCAGGGUUUCACUCCUGUGGAGAGCUGUGAAGGAAUGGGCGACCCUGCCUACUUUUAUGUCACAUUUGUUUUUAUUUUAAAUGGGCUCAUGAUGUCACUGUUUUUCAUCUAUGGAACAUACUUGAGUGGGAGCAGGUUUGGUGGAAUAAUCACUGUAGCUUGCUUUUUUUUCAAUCAUGGUGAGUGCACAAGAGUCAUGUGGACCCCACCUCUCCGUGAGAGCUUCUCCUACCCCUUCCUAAUUCUGCAGAUGCUGCUUUUAACCCACAUACUAAGAAGCGUCUGUGUAGAGAAGAAGACCUUAGCUGCAUUUUGUAUUGCAAAUAUCCUCUUCUUGCUUCCAUGGCAAUUUGCACAGUUUGUGCUGCUCACACAGGUUGCUUCACUCUUUGCAACAUACGUUUUGGGUUAUAUUGAUGCCUGUAAGCUGCUGGACAUUGUAUAUGCUCACAUGAUUUCCCUGUUGGUUUGUUUUGUGCUGAUGUUCGGAAAUGCCAUGCUGUUAAGCUCCUAUUACGCUGCCUCUCUGGCUGUUGUUUAUGGAAUGGUUGCCUUGAAAUCGCAUAUUUCACAAUUUUUGCCGCGACAUCUUCUGGGUUCAUGGAUAGCUAAAGGAACUGUCUGGCUUGUUGGAACCAUAAUCCUCAAAUUUGUGGCUUCUAAACUGUUAGGAGUUACUGAUGAUGCACAUAUAAGUAAUCUACUGAAAUCCAAGUUCACCAACUACAAGGAUUUUGACACUCUGAUGUACACGUGUGCUGUGGAGUUUGAUUUCAUGGAGAUUGAGACUCCUGUGAGAUAUACAAAAACCCUGCUGCUCCCUGUGACUGCCUGUGUUUUAGCACUUAUUGUUGCAAAGGUGAAUAGGAUAGGAUGUCAAAUCUCAUCAUCCAUCACGCAAGGCGUUUAUUAUAUUCACAACCUAAGAUUGCCUGACCGAUUCUGCAAAACUCGAAUAGAGACUUUGAGGGAGCUGCUGUGUUUGUUAAAAGGAGAAAAAUUACAAAACACAGAAGAGAGCAAGAGUGCAACCCAAGGAGAGCUGGUCUAUCACGUUUUGCAGUUGGUAGCAUUUGUAUUGCUGGCUGUUCUCAUCAUGAGGCUCAAACUUUUCCUCACACCUCACUUGUGUCUCAUGGCUUCUCUGAUUUGUUCCAGACAGCUCUUGUGGUGGAUCAGGACUAAAUCCCUCCACCAGAUACUUGUGUGUGUGAUACUGGCAGCAAUGGCUGUACAAGGAGCCAUGAACCUGAAAGAACAGUGGAGCAUAAUCGGAGAGUUCAGCAACUUCCCCCAGGAGGAGUUAUUGGAGUGGAUCAAGGAAAACACCAAAAAGGAUGCUGUGUUUGCUGGGGCAAUGCCCACAAUGGCAAGCAUCAAGUUAUCUACUGGACGGCCCAUUGUAAAUCAUCCACACUAUGAAGAUUCAGGUCUGAGACAAAGAACAAAACAGGUGUAUGCAAUGUACAGUCGGAAGUCAGCAGAGGAGGUGAAGAACGGGCUGCUUCGCAUGGGAGUAGAUUAUUUUAUUUUUGAAGAUUCUUGGUGUUUGAGAAAAACAAGAGAAGGCUGCAGUAUGCCAGAAAUUUGGGAUGUGGAAGAUGUGGAAAAUGCAAAGAAAACUCCUUUGUGCUCCAUGGUUUCUCAGUCGCCGACUCCACACUUCAUCCCAGUCUUUCAGAACGAUGUUUACAAAGUGUUAAAGAUGAAGAAAACUGUCAGCUGGACAUAAAGGACAGAGAUGGUUAAGCAUUGCUGUGCUUAAAGGGCGUCCAAAUUUCUUGUAUCGAUGGCAACAGGAAGUAUGAUUGAACAUGAGAACAAAUGUAGAAAUAUGAUCUUCGUAAUAGUUCCUUUAUAAGAGGUAUUUUCAUGUCUUU